AUGAUUCCCCACGCCUUAAAAGAAGACAAAACAUUAAAUGGAUUUUUCGUUUAUUUCUUUCUUUUCUUGGUUGUUUGUUUCUUUCUGUUUGUUUGUCUGUCACGUCUUUCAUGUCAUGUUUCCCUUUCUUUCUUUCUUUCUUUCUUUCUUUCUUUCUUUCUUUCUUUCUUGCUUUCUUGCUUUCUUUCUUUCCUUUUGAUACAAGGCCUCAUUAACAGAGCACUUAUUUUCCAUUUCUUUCUUUCUUUCUUUCUUUCUUUCUUUCUUUCUUUCUUUCUUUCUUUCUUUCUUUCUUUCUUUCUUUCCGUAUGUUUGUCUGUCAAGUUUUACGUAUUAGUUUUCCAUUUCUUUCUUUCUUUCUUUCUUUCUUUCUUUUUUCUUUCUUUCUUUCUUUCUUUCUGUCUUUUCUUUUUUCCAUUUCUUUCUUUCUUUCUUUCUUUCUUUCUUUCUUUUUCUUUAUUUCUUUCCGUAUGUUUGUCUGUCAAGUUUUACGUAUUAGUUUUCCAUUUCUUUCUUUCUUUCUUUCUUUCUUUCUUUCUUUCUUUCUUUCUUUCUUUCUUUCUUUCUUUCUUUAUUUCUUUCCGUAUGUUUGUCUGUCAAUUUUCUUUCUUUCUUUUCUUUCUUUCUUUCUUUCUUUCUUUCUUUCUUUCUUUCUUUCUUUCCGUAUGUUUGUCUGUCAAGUUUUACGUAUUAGUUUUCUAUUUCUUUUCUUUUUCUUUCUUUCUUUCUUUCUUUCUUUCUUUCUUUCUUUCCGUAUGUUUGUCUGUCAAGUUUUAUCUAUUAGUUUUCUAUUUCUUUCUUUCUUUCUUUCUUUCUUUCUUUCUUUCUUUCUUUCUUUCUUUCUUUCUUUCUUUCUUUCUUUCUUUCCGUAUGUUUGUCUGUCAAGUUUUAUCUAUUAGUUUUCCAUUUCUUUCUUUUCUUUCUUUCUUUCUUUCUUUCUUUCUUUCUUUCUUUCUUUCUUUCUUUCUUUCCGUAUGUUUGUCUGUCAAGUUUUAUCUAUUAGUUUUCUAUUUCUUUCUUUCUUUCUUUCUUUCUUUCUUUCUUUCCGUAUGUUUGUCUGUCAAGUUUUACGUAUUAGUUUUCUAUUUCUUUCUUUCUUUCUUUCUUUCUUUCUUUCUUUCCGUAUGUUUGUCUGUCAAGUUUUAUCUAUUAGUUUUCCAUUUCUUUCUUUUUCUUUCUUUUGGUUUUAUAUUUUUCUUUUGUUUCUUUCUUUACUUGUUUUUUAUUUCUGCCUUUUUUAACUUGUCUGUCACGUCUUUCAUAUCAUGUUUCCCUUUCUUUCUUUUUUUUUUCUUUCUUUCUUUCUUUCCUUCUUUCUUUCUUUUUCUUUCUUUCUUUCUUUCUUUCUUUUCUUUCUUUCUUUUUGUCUUUUCCUAUUUUUCCAUUUCUUUCUUUCUUUCUUUCUUUCUUUCUUUCUUUCUUUCUUUCUUUCUUUCCGUAUGUUUGUCUGUCAAGUUUUACGUAUUAGUUUUCUAUUUCUUUCUUUCUUUCUUUCUUUCUUUCUUUCUUUCUUUCUUUCUUUCUUUCUUUCUUUCUUUCCGUAUGUUUGUCUGUCAAGUUUUAUCUAUUAGUUUUCUAUUUCUUUCUUUCUUUCUUUCUUUCUUUCUUUCUUUCUUUUUCUUUCUUUCUUUCCGUAUGUUUGUCUGUCAAGUUUUAUCUAUUAGUUUUCCAUUUCUUUUUUUUCUUUCUUUCUUUCUUUCUUUCUUUUCUUUCUUUCUUUCUUUCUUUUCUUUCCGUAUGUUUGUCUGUCAAGUUUUAUCUAUUAGUUUUCUAUUUCUUUUCUUUCUUUCUUUCUUUUCUUUCUUUCUUUCUUUCCGUAUGUUUGUCUGUCAAGUUUUACGUAUUAGUUUUCUAUUUCUUUCUUUCUUUCUUUCUUUCUUUCUUUCUUUCCGUAUGUUUGUCUGUCAAGUUUUAUCUAUUAGUUUUCCAUUUCUUUCUUUUCUUUCUUUUGGUUUUAUAUUUUUCUUUGUUUCUUUCUUUACUUGUUUCUUUAUUUCUGCCUUUUUAACUUGUCUGUCACGUCUUUCAUAUCAUGUUUCCCUUUCUUUCUUUCUUUUUUUCUUUCUUUCUUUCUUUCUUUCCUUCUUUCUUUCUUUCUUUCUUUCUUUCUUUCCGUAUGUUUGUCUGUCAGGUUUUCCUAUUGGUUUUCCAUUUCUUUCUUUCUUUCUUUCUUUCUUUCUUUCUUUCUUUCUUUCUUUCUUUCUUUUUUUCUUUCUUUCUUUUUCCAUUUCUUUCUUUCUUUCUUUCUUUCUUUCUUUCUUUCUUUCUUUCUUUCUUUCUUUCUUCAACGUCAGACCAAUCAUACUGUUCAUAUCUAUCUAUCUAUCUAUCUAUCUAUCUAUCUAUCUCAUAUUUUUAUUUUUGUCUGUUCGUAUCUUUCGGAAUCUGUCGGAUAAUACUUUUCCUAUCUAUCUAUCUAUCUAUCUAUCUAUCUAUCUAUCUAUCUAUCUAUCUAUCUAUGCCUGUAAACAUGUGUAUAAGCACUUGGCCGAGUGGUAA